GAAUUCAUUCGAAGGUGUAGAAUUAACUGUUCAUCAACGUACCGAGCUAAAACUGCGGGUGGCAGGAUCGCAAAGUUUAAUGAAUGAUUUUAACCUCGUUCAAAUUCAAAUAGAAGACACUAGUGUUGAAAUUCAUAUAGAAAAACAAUUAGAAUCGCGUGAAGAUUUUGAGCAAAAAUAUUAUAAUAUUCUUGCCCUUGCUGAAUGUCUAACCACCGCUGAUGAAAAAUCAAAAGAAUGCUGCACGCUGUAAUAUGGUUUUUGUUCUGUGUGACUGUUUACGCGUAUUGGAGGACCGUGUGUCGACGGAGGAACAUAAAACUGCCAUCUCCACCGGAUUUGCCUCGAAGAUUGCCUUUUAUUGGACACGCUCAUAUUUUCUUUGGUGACAGCUUGCAUGCUUGGAAAGUUAUAAAAUGGCUAUCAAAGGAGACAGACAAGAGAGGUGGAGUAGCUUCCAUUUCAAUGGGGCCUCAUAAAGGAUUCUGUGUUACUGAUCCCGACGACUGCCUCACUAUUUCCAACGUUUGUCUAAAAAAGGACUACUACUACAGUUUUGCUACUCCUUGGCUCGGGAACGGCUUGCUCACUGGCAGCGUUGCCACUUGGAGGCUGCAUCGUCGACUCUUAGGGCCCGCGUUCAGUCAGCGGGUGCUCAAUGGUUUCAUCAGUGCUUUCAACUGCAAGUCGAGGGCGCUCGUCACCCAGCUGGAGGACCGGGUCGGGCGCGGGCCCUUCGACCACGUCCCCUACCUGUCCUUCAAUAACUUGGAAACUAUAUGUCAGACAGCUUUGGGGAUCAAGAUGGAGGAUCACAGUGCGGUCAACCAGCAGUACGAGCAGGCUCUUCACGACAUCUUCGCGGUUCUCACCGAGAGAUUCCAAAAGUUCUGGCUGCACUACGACUUCGUAUAUAACAGAACUAAACUCAAGGAACGAGAGGAUCAGAUCAUUAAAGUCUUGCAUAACAUGUCUAAUACGGCUCUGCAACAAAGAAAAUCUGUUUUCUUGCAAGAACACGACGCGGCCUCCGACAAGCCGACAGAUAAAUCGAAGACAUUUAUAGACAUCAUCCUAGAGACGUGCGGCGGAGCGUUCAGCGACAAGGACGUGAGGGAGGAGGUGGACAACAUCAUAUUCGCUGGACACGACACCAUCUCGACGGUGCUGACGACUGCGCUGUCGUUGUUGGGCUCGCACCCAGACGUUCAGGAUAAAGUCUACAACGAAGUGCGGCGCGUGCUGGGCGACGCGGAGCGUGACGUCACCAAGGAGGACUACCUGCGGCUGGAGUACCUGGAGGCCGUGCUGAAGGAGUCCAUGAGGAUGUACCCCGUGGCGCCCGUCAUCGCGAGGUACUCCGACGCAGAAGUGAAGCUGAAAAACUACACAGCCCCAGCCGGUAGUGGGUUCAUACUACUGUUGUGGGGGGUCCACCAGCACCGUAUCUGGGGAGCAGACGCAGACCAGUUCAGGCCUGAGCGAUGGCUGGAAGCGGCCACGCUACCAGAUCCUUCGUUCUUCGCCGGCUUUAGCACCGGCAGGAGGAGCUGCAUCGGUAAAGUGUACGCAAUGAUGUCGAUGAAGACCACUCUAUCGUUCCUACUGAGGCGAUACCGCGUCAGCUCUGACGUCACCGACUUGGAGUUCAAGCUUGAGGCCAUACUGAGGCCGCACAGAGGACACUAUAUAGCUAUCGAGAGGAGAAGCAAAGACGAUAAAUAAGUUAACUGAAGAUGCGACUGUCAGGGGUCAAGCCCCACGCCUCAUGAUCCAGCAGCAACCCACACUCCGCGUAAUGCUGUGUCGCGCUGGGGCUCGAGAUAAAUAAAAGUCUUCACCGUAAUACAAAUAGAAAAUCGCCCGCCUUUACCGCUUAUUCCCGCCGUGAAGCGUUUCGUCUUGAAGGGUGGGACAGCCCUUGUAACUAUACCGAGACCUUAGAACUUAUAUCUCAAGGUGGGUGGCGCAUUUACGUUGUAGAUGUCUAUGGGCUCCAAUAACCACUUAACACCAGGUGGGUUGUGAGCUCGUUCACUUAUCUUGUUCUUCGUCGCUGCCUCGGUCACCUUUCUCGCCGAACCCGUCGCCUGCGACGAAGGGCUCGACGAGUAAAUUAACCCUCAGACACAGCCCACUGAGUUUCUCGCCGGAUCUUCUCAGUGGGUCGCGUUUCCGAUCCGGUGGUAGAUUCUGCGAAGCACUGCUCUUGCUAGGGUCAGUGCAACGCUCCGGUUUGAGCCCCGUAAGCUCCACGUCAAGGAGAAGCUGAAAUAACCUCGCAAUGCUAUCAGCAAAGAUAGGGAAAAAAAGCGGCACCGCCUACAGCAUUCAGUUAUUCGCAGCGCACGCACUCCGGCGCCGGCGCAUUAGUUGCAUUCGAUAACACUCACUGCUUUCAUAUAUUAUUUGUUUAUACUAUAGGGUUUAUAGGGUUUGUAAAUACUUAUAGUAUAUUUUGUAUAGUUUUAUUUCAAGUUCUUGAUUUUUUUAUAAACCUUAUAAUGUACUUUUAAUCUUUUAUUUAUUUAUUUUUUAUUUUCCUUGUAGGCAGACGAGCAUACGGCCCACCUGAUGAUGAGUGGUUACCGUCGCCCAUGGACUUCAGGAAUGCCAGGGGCAGAGCCAAACCGCUGCCUACCGCUAAUCUAAAAAAUCUAAAAAAAAUCUAAUCUAAUCGAAAGAAAAUUCCCAAUUAUAAUGUUUAAAAAUAAUAAUUUAGUAAUUUGUGAUUAGUUAAUACAUAUUUGUUAGCUUUGGUCAGUGAUACAUAUAAAAUAGGUUAUUUUUCUUGACUUGCUUUGGUUAGUUAGAUUUUUAUUUAUUUUUCUAAAAAUCAGGACGUCCUUACAGUUAGACCUUUGGAAAAAGUACAUAUUUGUUAGCUCAGGUUAGUAUCUAUCAGGUUAGUAAUACACACUUCGUUUGUUUUCUAUAGUUAAAAUAUUUAGUUGACACGUCUUAAUAGUUAUUAAACUGUAAUAAAGUUAAGCUGUGUAAUAAUCUGUAAGUAUUUAUAAUUUAAUUUUAUGAAAAGUACGUGUUUUUUAUUACUUUAUAUUACUUUAAAUUAGAUUUUUCUAAAUACCCAAAUGACCGUGUUUAUAAACCAGUAAGUAUGCCAAAAACUGUGGCCCAAAGUCACUAUUCCACGCGGACGGAGCUGCGGGCACAGCUAGUGAUAUUUAUAAAAAUAAAAAUGCGUUUCCGAAUUGAAAAACUGACGAUUUUAUUUAAAUGAAUCCUUGAAUCUAUACUAUAUUAUUAUAAAAAGAUGAAGAGUUUGUUUGUUUGGUUGAAUGCGCUAAUAUCAGGAACUACUGGUCAUCUUAGAAGAUAUCGCAGUUUUAAAAUAACGCUGCGGCAAAAUAAUGAUCAAGCGCGUAAUAUUUAUGUACAAGGCGGCGGCACAGAAUAAGAACAAUAACCAGAAACACCUAAAUCACUUCAAGAUAGGCUUUGAAAAUUAUAGAUUUUUCUUGAUUUCUCCAGUAUCCCAUUAUAAGAUCCUGAUCCUGAUGAUUACAGGACCAUUCAGGAAGUCUACCCUUUCGAACCAAAAAAAGAAUUUUUCAGAAAGAAUCAGAAUCGGUUCAAGCAUUCUCGAGAAUCGGUGAACAUACAUAGCAAAAAAAAUGGUGGUCGAAUUGUUAACCUCCUCUUUUAAUCCUCCUCCUUCGUAAUUUUGAUACCUUAAAUAGCUCCUUAACAUUCUAUUAUUCAAUAAUAUUUUCACCUUCUAUUAAGUAAAGUAACUAUUCCACGUUGACGAUGUCGCGGGCAAAGGCUAGUAAUAACAUAGAAAAAUCAAUCAAUAACUAUACUGACAGUGAUUACUGUAAAUAAUUAAAUAAUCUUGACCGUUUAUAUUGUUGUCUAAAAUUCCUGAAUUAAGUGAAGGUUUUUUUUAUAAUUUUUUUAUUGCUUAGAUGUGUGGACGAGCUCACAGCCCACCUGGUGUUAAGUGGUUACUGGAGCCUAUAGACAUCUACAACGUAAAUGCGCCACACACCUUGAGAUAUAAGUUCUAAGGUCUCAGUAUAGUUACAACGGCACCCCGCCCUUCAAACCGAAACGCAUUACUACUUCACGGCAGAAACAGGAGGGGCGGUGGUACCUACCCGUGCGGACUCACAAGAGGUCCUACCACCAGUAAAAAUAGAGAAAAUAAUUAUGUAAUUAUAAAUAUUCUUCUUCCUAUUCGUACACUCUUGACAGAGUGGUCGUGGUCUUGCAUCAGUCGGAUCCUGCGAUACCGAUGCUCUCGCGAUGCGACGCAUCGGAAAUUAUAAAUAUAGUAGACUUUUAAUGUGUGUUUAAAUGGUUUUUAUUAUUAUAUCAUUAAGUUUUGGCGUGUCAUUCUAUGAUUACUUUAUAGAUCAAAAUUUUACAAGUAUUAUAUACAAGUAUAUUAUUAUAUGGUAUGCGAAUUAAUGUUAUCACGUCUUAUUCCUUUUGUCCAAUUUAAUAUGAUGACCAGUUGCCGGCUUCAACAGGACGCCCAGCCGAUGCUCGGUGUUCGAGAUGUCUCCUGUGACUUUGUAAUGACGGAACACGUGCACUAGCAAUACUUUCAUGGACAUCAUAGCGUAGACCUUUCC